AUGAAAGAUAUUCUAGAAUUACAGGAAAAUCUCCAAUUGGAUUAUGAUAAUGGCUUUUUAGAGAAUCAACUCGACAGGCCACAAAACUCUAUUAUUGCUCUAAUUAAAGAUAUUGAUCUAAGUGAUAUAAUUGAAAUUUGGGAACUUAUAUGCCUAUCAAGUGAUAUAAGGCUUGAAGACUUACAGCUGCAAAGCAUUAAGAUUUCAAUAACAUUUCAGCAAACAGCUACCAAGAUAGCUAUUCUAGAUUUUAAUAUUAUAGAAAAAAUUAGAGAUACUAAUACAUAUAUUGUAAAGAAUCAACAAGCAGCUAAUAAAAAGGCCAAAUAUGCAAAUAGAUUUGGAAGAAUAAAGAAGGCACUCAAUAUUGCUUUGGAUCUUGGAUGUGAAGAAGAGCUAAUCUAUGUUAUGUCUAGCUUUAUUAAUCAGAAAAAGUCUGCAAUUGAAAAUAUUAACAAUAAAAAUAUUCAAUCUGGUGAAUCUCAACAGAUAAUUGUGAUGAAUCCUUUAGUUGUAAAACAUUAUGAACAGCCACCGAUUAAGCAGUUGAAAAGCUCUUCUGAGAGUUAUAAUUAUAAAAAAUUGGUACAUAGUGUGACUAAUCUUCAAGAUCCAAACUUAGAAAUGCCUCCUUUAAAUAUAGAUUUGAAUAGUUAUAUUAUAGAUAACAAUGUGAAUGAAUUGUGCCAUAAAGGCAAAAGAAAAUAUAUAUGCAAUUUAUGUAGUGGA